AUGAAACCAAUUUUGAAAAAGAUUGAACAAGUUCCAAAAGAAAUAAAUGAAGAUGAUGAUGAAAAAGUUGAAACUAAAAAACCUGAAAAGAAAUUACAAAUAAUUAAACCAAUUAAAGAAUGUACUAAUUUUGAAAGUAUUGAUGAAUUUAAUGAGUUUUAUGAACAAAACAAAGAUUUAUUUGAUGAAUUAACAACAUGUAAAUUAAAUAAAAUGUUUAAAAUAGAUGUAUUUCGAAUAACUAAAAUUAAAGGUCAAGUUAGUUUGAAAUCCAUUCCAGAAUCAAGAAUUACAAAUACAAUGAAAAUUGAAGAAAUAAUUCAACGAAUACAAACAAUUGAAGAAAGAGUUAAUAUGAUUAUUGAAGUAAUAAAUUCAAGAUUUAAUGUUUAA